AAUCAAAACACAAGCAACAUUUGUUAUCAGUAUUUGAAAAUUUGCCCAUAGACAUUAUUGAUCUGAAGAAUGUCAUGGCGUAGUAGCGUCAGGGAGACGUCACAGCAGCACGUUUAAUAGGAUUUCCUUAGAGAGAAGAAGAAAGCCCUCGUGCCUAAGAGGAUUGACGUUUCUAUAAGGGUCUCCUCCGCUCUGGGACUACAGUCACGGUGGAAGUCUCCCAGCUUUUUGCUUGGAAGUGAACAGGAGGAGGAUGAGCAGAGGGAUCGACUACAGCGCCUGGGACCACAUCUAUGUGUCCGAUGAUGAAGAUAUCACCAGUCCUUUUGUCGACACCUCCAGCUUGUUCAGAAUGAGACACCGGUCCCGGCUGGAGAACAUGGCAGCGUUCCAGCAGAGAGGAGAAGAUCUGCACUCUAACUUCGCAGAAUGCCAAAGGCUCCUGGAAGAGACCCAGGAGCGUCUCCGAUACCUGGAGGAAGAGAUGAAGGAAGGAGACGCAGAUGAGGAGAAAGAGACUGAGCUGAAGAAAGUUCAGUCCGAGGUGGAGAGACUGAAAAAGGAUGAAAAGUCAUUUCAGCUGCUGAUGGAGGAACAUGAGCGAGAUGGAAAGAAACUGCCGUGGAAUGUCGACACCAUCAGCAAAGAAGGUUUCAGCAAGAGUGUACUCAACAUCAGCUCUUCAAGGAAACACGGAACGCUGGAAGAAAAAGUAGAGAAGCACAAGACCUUUGUGGAGAAGUAUGCAGAGGAAAUCAAGCACUUUGGGAUGUUGCGGCGUUGGGACGACAGUCAGAAAUAUCUGUCUGACCACCCACAUUUGGUGUGUGAAGAGACAGCAAAUUACCUCGUUGUCAUCUGUAUUGAUUAUGAAAUAGAUGAGAAACAUGCGCUCAUGGAACAGAUUGCCCACCAGGCUAUCGUUAUGCAGUUCAUUUUGGAUUUGGCCCGGACACUCCGUGUUGACCCAAGAGGCUGCUUUAGAGAGUUCUUCUCAAAAAUCAAGACCGCAGAUAAACCAUAUCAGGAUGCCUUCAAUCAUGAACUGGACCUGCUGAGAGAACGGAUCUGCAAAUGUGCACAGCUUCGUAUGGAUGGUGCUAUGAAAGAGCUGGAAGAAGAGGAGAAGAAAAACAGACUGGGUCCGGGGGGGCUAGACCCCGUUGAAGUCUAUGAAUCACUACCAAGGGAAAUGCAAAGGAGUUUUGAUGAGAAAAACAUUCAGAUGCUACAGGAAGCUAUGAACAGGAUGGACCCAGAGGAAGGCAGAUACCAUAUGAGGAGGUGCAUUGAUUCUGGAUUGUGGGUCCCAGAAGCAAGAGAGAGUGAGGAUGAAGAGGAGGAAGAUGAUUAAAUAAAAUGAAUAAAAUAAUAACUUUACAAUAAAAAAUAUAUUUUUAGAUACUUGAAAUGUUUCAUUAAAACUAUUUGUCUUCUACAAUAGGCUUGCAAAUAAUUUAGUAUAUGAUUGUUGAGUUCCUUCUUAUUUGUUAUCUAAUAAAUCCUGUUUUAAAAGAUUCUUGAUAAGUAAAUAAUCCUCAUCUGAUUCUGCUCAUAACUUAAUUGAAGAGAACUUCUUUAGGCAGAGGAAUUUGGCACCAAUCGCCUUAAAAUCUCUUUUGGAAUCAAAUUUAGAAAAUAAAACAGUUCUCA